GAGUAUGGUCGUUCUUCAAAACAACACAAUGGUUCUCAUCGGUGUCUUCACCUUGUUGUUUACCUUGCAAUACCUCAACGCUCAACCCAUCGUCGACACCCCUUGGGGUAUAGUUGAGGGGACCACGAACGUCACCGAGGACUGGACACCUUAUCAUGCAUUUUUAGGAAUCCCCUUUGCAGUUCCGCCUACUGGGGGCAGACGGUUCAAGCGACCACAGCCACAUCCUGGGUUUAAUCACAUCUUUAAAGCCAACAGUUAUGGUCCAGCUUGCGUCCAAACUCUCAAGGCGUUUGGUGGAUAUGGUGCCACUGGGGACGAGGAUUGCUUAACACUGAAUGUAUUCACUCCAGCCUCAAUUACUGAAACCAGUAACAUACCUGUAAUUGUCUGGAUACAUGGAGGGGGAUUCGUUUCAGGAGAUGCUUUCUCCUAUGACCCUUCAUCGAUAGUUGCCCAUAGACAUGUCAUAGUCGUCACCAUCCAAUACGGCUUGGGACCGCUUGGGUUCCUCAGCACAGAGGACCACGUGUCAGCGGGAAACUAUGGCCUCUGGGACCAGCAUCUUGCUCUGAAAUGGGUUAAGAAGAAUAUUGCAUCUUUUGGCGGGGACAUCAACAGCAUUACCCUCAUGGGACAAUCAGCAGGAUCCGCUAGUGUGGCAUUCCAGGCCUUGUACUCAUGGUCCAAGGAUUUGUUUCAAAGGACAAUCAUGCAGAGUGUGUCUGUUUCGUCCUCAUUGGCUCACACAAGGAACCCACUGAAAUAUGCACGACAACUGGGUCAUAAAGUAAACUGUUCCUCCCAGAGCGAUUCCGCAUCCAUGAUCGCCUGUCUGAGGACCGUGUCUGCAGCAUCAUGGCCAAUGGAAAAUGAACCCGUCACAGCAUUAGCCGAGUUCUAUUUUGUACCUACUAUUGAUGGGAUAUUUGUCAAAGACGACCCGUUGUUACUAAUGAGCUCCCCAGGUUAUCUAAAGCAGGUAGGGCUUCAAAAUCUGGACUGCAUGGUGUCGGUGGUAAGCAAUGAAGGUGGGCUCUUCAAGAGACUUUCAAAAGCAGCCGAUUAUCUGUUCCACUCCUCAUUAUCCUCAUCAGUUCAGAACAAGACAUUCUACAGGAAUAUCUUCAUCCUAGAGGUUCUUCAGGUUUAUUUCGGAGCAUCCUCUUCAUGA